AAUAUAUUACAAAAAGAAUGGACAAUCCGACUUCAAGUUUAUUUCAAGGCACCGAUAUUAAAAUAAAUAAUUCUCAGAAUAAUGAGGAAGAGGAGGAUAUAGAGGAUCAAAAACGAAGGAAAGAAGAGUUACAAAAUUUAUUAACAGCAGCUUUAGAUGAUUUUAAUUACGAUGAAAGUACUGUAAAUUCCUCUGCAAAUGUAUCAUUUGAUGAAGUACAGCAAAAUUAUCGACAAGCUUCUAACCCAAACGAACAAUUAAAAGUUUUAUAUGAUGUACGAGUUAGAGAAUUAGACAGUCUCAGAAAAGAGUAUAAUGAGUUUAAAACACAAGCGAAGAAAGAUAUUGAUGGGCUGAAAAAUAAGUUAUUACUGUCAGAAACAGAAAUGAGACAGAUAAAAAUUUCUUUAAAAAAUGUGGAGGAUGUAGUAGUUGAAAAAACUAGUAACAUAAAGCAAUUAAAUGACAUCUUAAAUAGUAAAGAUGUGCAAUUAAAGGAUUACGAAAAGGCUGUUGAAAAUUAUAAAAUUGAAAUUUGUACUUACCAGACAGCUGUAAAUGAACUGCAAUUGAAACUGGCAGAUUCUAGUCCUUUUAGUACAGGAGCAAAACGUUUCAAUUCUGAGGAACUUCAAAAAGCACAUCAAGAACAAAUUGCUAAGUUGGAGUAUCUAUUAGAUGAACAAACAAAAGCAGCUAAAAUCUUGGAAAAAGAAAAGAUGACCUUACAGCAGGAUAUGCAUAACUUAAUAGAACAAAAAACAAAAAAUGAAAAUGAAGAUAACACAACCAUUAAUGCUUUGACGAAAACAGUAGAUGAUGCUCAGCAGCAAUGCAGGAAUCUGUUAGAUAUAGUGGAAAUGUUGACGAGUGAAAAUCGCCAUUUGCAAGAGAGACUCAAUGAAAUUAAUAGCAAUGAUUUUGGAGAAAAUAAUCAAAAAGAAGCUUUGGAUUAUAAUACACUUUUAACACAUACUGAAAAACUGAAAAAGUUAUUGGUAGAUAAAUCUAUUCAGAUAGACACAUUAAAUACAAAGUUAAAAAAUUUUGAAAGUGAUAUGAAGGAAUUAGUAGAAUACAGGCAACUUAAAUGUGAUAUUUACAAAAUGGAAUUUCAACAAUGUGAAAAUAAAGAGCACACUAAAAGUUUGAUAGUAAUGCAAAAUGACCUGCAGAAUUAUAGAAGAACAAUAGAUGACAGAAAUCAACAAAUAUUAACUUUAAAUUCCACUAAUAGAGAUUUACAGGAAAAAAUAGAGGAAAUGCUCCUGCAAACUCGGAAUGACAUUCAAAACUUGUCCCAUAAAUAUAGCUUGCCGCAGCUGGAGCAAAUGACUGAAGAACUGAAAAACGCUGAAGAGAGAGUUAAGGAAUUACAGGAGAAGCUGGACAAAUCCGAGGAAAGAAGACUGUCGCUUAUUCAAAAAUUACAAGAAAGUGAAAAAAGAAUAGAUAACGAUUUUAAAAAAGAGUUGAAUGAUCAAAUAGUGAAUAUAAAAAAUGCAGAAAAGGACAAGCAUAAUUUAGAAAACCAAGUUAAGUCAUUACAAAAAGAUUUAGAGGUCUCUUUAAGUGAAGUAAAAAAUCUAAAACAGUUUUCUGACGAAUUAAUGAGAGAAAACGCAAAAAUGAAAUUGGAUUUAAAACAAGCCCAAGUACAAUUAGAGAAUAUUGAAAGCGUUUCACACCGUGUAUGUGAAACCGAUACUAUAAGAAAUGAGUACGAAGAACUUAAACAGCAGCUAAAUCAGGUGAUGGUCCACCUACAGAAAAGCAAGUCUCAUAAAGAAAAUCCAGAAAUAGUGACCAACUUAGAAAGUGACAUGGAAGAAUUCUUGCUUUCUCUAGAUAGAAGCGAUAUUAGAACUGUAUUUGAAAAUCGAAUCGAACAAUGGAAAAAAUCAUUGGAUGUAAUUAAAACUAUGCUUGGAGCUGAAGCAGAUCAAGUACAAGCACAAUUCAAAGAAACUCUUCAGCAACUGCAAGAAUCAAAACACAAAAUAAAAGCCUUGGAAGACGCUCUAGAAGACAUGACAAACGCGAAAACUAUAGCAGAAGGUGAAAAAUGUACCUACCAGUAUCAAAUUAGGGACUAUGAAAAUCAGCUGGACCAUGCAAGUAAAACUAUUAAGUAUCUAGAAACUGAAGUGGAAGAUUUAACGAAUAAAUUAAGAAAAAAACAAGAAACUGCUGACCAGCUGCACCGCAAUAAUAUUGACAAACUGAGAGAAGAAUUGUCAUAUAAAGAUAAUGUUUUGAAGAUCUGUGAGGAAAAUAAAAACGAAUUAAGCGAUCUUUUACAUAAGACGAAGUUACAGCUCGAAGAGGCUAAAAAAGAAGUUUUAACUUUACAACGUAAACUGACUGACAUGAAUGACAAAGACGUACGACGGAAUCUAGAAAAGGAACUGAAGGAGGCCGAAAAUCACUUAGAGCAAAGCAGAGUGGAAGAGGGGAACGACUGCGAAGGUGAGCACUUCAAAAAAUGCCUUCAAGCAGAGAUACUGAAAAGUGAACUGAAACUGAGGGAAGACUUACAACUAGAAUAUUUAAGAAAAAUGAGGGAUAUUGAAAAGAAAUAUAAACAAGCUUGUUCUGCUACUAAUGAAUUAUAUGAAGAACAAUUAGAAAAAAUGAAAAAUCAAGAAACCCGGUAUCGUGAACACCUUGCUAAAAUUCUGUCAGAAUGUGCUAAAAAAAUUAACGAAUUCGAAAAUGAGAAACAGAGUCUGAUAUCUCAAAUAAAUUAUGUUCAAGCAGAAUAUGUAGACCUUAAAAAGCAUACCCUUAUGAAUGAAGAAAGUUAUAAGCAACUCGUUAAACACAUUCAAACAGAUUCAGAGAAAAAAGUUGAGGAGUGGAAAAGUUGGUCACGACAGUUUGUUAGUAACUGUUUGAAAAUAGAAACAAUUAAUAAAAAAUCUAGGGACAACGUAUUAGCUGGAAUGAAAAAUGUGGAUUCAGAGAUUGCAAUAAUUGAAAAAGCGUAUAAAGAAAAAGUG